UAGAUAUUUAUAGGCUCGCCACACGAAUGUUGAUGCAAGUAGUUUGACGGCCACUUGGUGACAGUGUUUUGCCUUCUUCAUACAUUGCUAUUUGAAAGACAUUGCUUCUCUAAUUUUCCUUUACUGGUGAGGUUCAGAGUGCAACUGAAUGACAACACCGGGGCCUUCUCUUUUCUUACCAUCGCUGGUGGAUGUGAUACGGACACAACACAAAAGUAACGUCUGUUCGUUUGUAACUAGAAGACAUUCUUUAUGUGCCACCUGGAGUUACAGAAGUAUGGCAGAUGACAAGGACGUGUUGCGGGAUGUUUGGUUCGGGCGGAUCCCCACCUGCUUCACCCUCAACCAAGACGAAAUCACCGAGAGGGAAGCAGAGCCAUUCUAUUUGCUUUUACCCAGGGUCAGUUAUCUAACGUUGGUCACAGACAAAGUGAAGAAGCACUUUCACAAGGUGAUGAGACAGGAGGACCUGGAGGAGAUGUGGUUCGAGUAUGAGGGAACGCCUUUGAAAUGGCACUACCCGAUUGGCGUGCUGUUUGACCUCCAUGCCUCCAACACUGCCCUGCCCUGGAGCAUCACCGUGCAUUUUAAGGACUUCCCAGAGCAGGACCUGCUUCACUGCCCCUCAAACUCUGUGAUCGAGGCCCAUUUCAUGUCUAGCAUCAAGGAGGCUGACGCCCUGAAACACAAGGGUCAGGUGGUCAAUGAGAUGCAGAAGAAGGACCACAAGCAACUGUGGAUGGGGCUGCAGAACGAUAAGUUUGACCAGUUCUGGGCGAUGAACAGGAAGCUGAUGGAAUAUCCUACAGAGGAAGGUGGAUUCCGGUACCUCCCGUUCAGGAUAUACCAGACGAUGAGCGACAGGCCGUUCAUCCAGAAGCUGUUCCGUCCGGCGACUCCUGACGGGCAUGCCCACACCCUAGGAGACCUGCUGAAGGAGAUGUUCCCAGCUGCCAUACCCCAGGACGAUGAGCAGAUGAAGUACCAGGUCAUCAUCCAUGGGAUCGAGCCCAUGCUGGAGACUCCCAUCCAGUGGUUGAGCGAACACCUGAGCCACCCGGACAACUUCCUGCACAUCUGCAUCAUCCCGGCGCCCAACGACUGAGAGACGCCCCCCCCCUUCCCGCCCUCCCUCCCCCCGUAACCAGGAACGCCCUCGGACAACGCCGGGGGACGCAUCUUUUUUUACACCAUCGCUCUCUGGAAACUGGAGACUCUCCCAGAGGAAACUCUCUUUGCCCUAAUCUCCAUCGCUCUGGCCUUCACUUAUCUUUUUAGUCGCUCUCUCUCUCCCUCCCUCCCUCUCUCUUUCUCUCUCCCUCCUCCUCUUCCUCCUCUCUUCACGGUCCUCCUCCCCGCAGCGUCGGUCAGUCUGCAGGCCCUCCGAAACGGGAGAGGAAGCGAUGAGCGCGGACGGCAGUCAGACAAACAGUCAGACGAGGAAGCAAACACAGACGGCGCAUUUCCUGGAGGGAGCGGAGAGGCCGGCCGCCUCAGCGGGACUGCCGGGAGCCACGCCCACUCGCUGGCGGCCGAUCAUGUUCCCAGAGUCGUUACCGCCCCGACCCCACCCCUCCCCGAAGGGGAAUGAACUGAUUUCUGUUUCGUUUACAACCCCGUCCUUUUAGAUCCGUGCUCUCCUCACAGUUCGUUAUGGGAAGCUAUUCCGAGCUUCACUAAUUAGGCCAGUCAGGGUCUCCUUCCUCUCUCUGUGGACAGGGGACGGGGGGUAAUUAUUUUAAUAUGUCACUUUUUAGCGUUAUAUGGAUUAAGGGAAACGUGGGGGUGUGAGUGACAGAGGUGUGAAAUGAGAGAAAGGAAUUCUGGCUGUCUGGUCUGUUUGCUUUCAUGUCAAACCCCCAACCCCUCCACACCCCCUACCCCAACCCCUCCACACCCCUACCCCAACCACCAAACCCCCAACCCCUCCACACCCCUACCCCAACCACCAAACCCCCAACCCCUCCACACCCCCUACCCCAACCACCAAACUCCCAAAUCUACCACACCCCCUAUCCCAACCACCAAACCCCCAACCCCACUACACCCCCUAUCCCAACCACCAAACCCCCAAAUCUACCACACCCCCUAUCCCAACCACCAAACCCCCAACCCCUCCACACCCCCUACCCCAACCACCAAACCCCCAACCCCUCCACACCCCUACCCCAACCGCCACCACACCCCUACACCAAUCACCAAACCUCCAACCCCACCACACCCCUGACCCCAACCACCUACCCGCUUAGUUUUGGGUGGUGUUUGAAGACGUUGCGUCCCACAGACAUUCUCGGCAUCAGUGGCUUGUCAAAUUCACAUAUGUGCAGUUACCUAGCUUAUUUUUUUCUGGAAGCAAAAUGUAAGGACGGGCAGUAACCUUGUCUGAGUGUGGCCGUUACUGUUUCAGGGGGCUUGUCAGUCCCCAAUGAGACGAACGGCAACUGCAUUGUGAAUUAAUGAAAGCAUAGUCAUCUUAAAAUAUCUUAAAACACA